CAAGGUAAUUUCGCUUGGACUAAACAUAAAUGGAAAUAGGAUAAAAUCAUAUUCAUAAUAUGAUUUCAUCAGGAUAUGACAUCACCACUGACUCGUAUGACUGAACAUGUCAGUGAUGAUUGACUCACCCAUUGACUGAAUUAGAUUUCAACUCAACAGACUGGAAGAUAUGGGAAAGAUAAGAUAGAGAAAGCCUGAGCUUUCUCUUUCGUGACGUCACACGAGUGAUUCUCUCAGAUUCUCUCAGAGUCUGAAAACAGCGCUGCAAACUUCCAGGGCUGCAAACUUCCAGGGCUGCAAACUUCCAGGGCUGCAAACUUCCAGGGCUGCAAACUUCCAGGGCUGCAAACUUCCAGGCUGCGGCUUGGAGCUGAUGUGCAUCGUCUUUAUUUGGCUGCUGGGUAGAUCGCGAUCAUUGACACAAGCUCAAGGAUAAAUAAGCCCAGACUUAAACGUUUCCGGUGCAGCUCCUAUUAUGAUGGCUGAGUUGACGGGGUACUAUAUGAUGGUCCUUUCAACUGUGGUCUUCUGGUCUCUCCCUUAUAAUACAUAUUCCCUCAAUCUGGAUGAUCCAAACGUCUGCAGUCACUGGGAGAGUUACUCAAGGAUGGUGACGGAGUCUUAUUCUCAUCGUUUUGAUCAGAUUUAUUACACCAACUGUCCAGACAUCCUCAAAUGGUUCAAGUGCACCACAUACAGGGAGAUGUAUCGGACAGCUUAUCGCAGAGGAGAGAAAAUCAUGUACAGGAUAAAGUCACAGUGUUGCCCAGGCUUCUUUGAAAUUGGAGAGAUGUGUGCUCCACACUGUGAAGACAGCUGUGUUCAUGGCAGUUGUAUGGCACCCAACACCUGUCGAUGUGAACCAGGCUGGGGGGGUUACAACUGCUCCAGUGCUUGUGACAGUGACCACUGGGGCCCCCACUGCAGCAAUAGAUGUCAAUGUAAGAAUGGAGCACUAUGUAACCCUAUCACCGGAUCCUGUAUCUGCACUCCUGGAUACAGAGGCUGGCGCUGUGAGGCCCAAUGUGAAACUGGUUCUUAUGGGAAUGGGUGUCAAUGGACAUGUCAAUGCCAGAAUGGGGCAAUCUGUCAUCAUGUGACUGGAGAAUGCAAUUGUUCACCAGGAUACACAGGAACUUUGUGCCAGGAUGAGUGUCCAGUUGGUACUUUUGGUGCUGGCUGUGCAAAGACCUGUCACUGUAUGAACAACAGUAAGUGUGCUCAUGUCAAUGGAACAUGUGAUGCGGGCUACACAGGAGAAAAAUGUGAUAUCCGCUUAUGCCCUGACGACCGUUAUGGUUUAAGAUGUGAAAAGAAUUGUCCCUGCCACGCCCCAAGAACUCUAAGAUGCCACCCAGUGUCAGGGGAGUGUACAUGUCAGGCUGGUUGGUCAGGACUCUUUUGCAAUGAGACGUGCACACCAGGAUUUUAUGACAAAUCUUGCAGUGACUUGUGUCAGUGCCAGAAUGGAGCUGACUGCCACAAUGUGACUGGAGAAUGUAUCUGUGCUCCUGGCUUUAUGGGUUCCAAGUGUGCAGUACCAUGCCCAGCUGGGGCAUAUGGAGUAAACUGUUCUGCAACCUGCAAAUGUAAGAACGGAGUCCAGUGCUCCCCUGUUGAUGGAUCCUGUUCCUGUAAACCAGGUGGUGUAGUGGUGUUUGGAAGCUUCAACAAUUUGACCAGCGCAUCCUUACACGUAGACACCUACCAGAUAGGCGCCAUUGCAGGAAUCAUAGUUCUAGUGUUUUUGGUACUUCUUGCCCUGCCCCUAUUCAUCAUCUACCAAAAUAAACAGAAGAGUAAAGAGGCUACAAUGACAGCUGUAAUCUACACUCCUGCUAUCAGGGUCACAUCUAAUUACACUAUAGAAGAUACUUACACUCCAUCAUAUGAAGCCCACCCCAGCAACUACUUUUCCAACCCCAGUUACCAUACCCUUACCCAAUGCAUCAGUAUGCCUCAUGUCAAGAGCAGUCAAUGUGCAAAGGCUGGUAGGAAUCUAUUUCCUAACAUGGAGAAUGUGGUUCUUGGUGCUCAUACUGGAACCAGGCUUAGCAACUGGAAACAAGGGGUCCACUUCAAUGAACUGGGAGCCUGUGGAGUUGACAUGACUUGCAUUGGAAAAUCACUGCAAGACAUGGUAAAGGGUGCUGACUAUCUUGCAAGUUCCUCUUCUCUUGUCAGCUCUGAAAACCCAUAUGCCACAAUAAAGGACCCCCCCUCGCCAACAUCCAAAAACACUGAAAGUAGCUAUAUGGAAAUGAAAUCACCCACCAGGAGAGAUUCAGCAUAUGCAGAAAUUAGUGACACCAGUCCGACUAAUAGCCAGAAGGUUGAUAAAGCGGAGAUGACUAUCAAAACCAUCAAACCAACUGGAGUAAGCGACACCCAUCUACAGUUUGGAAAGGAGUCAAUUGACCAGGCAAAAAACAACCACUGUGAUUAUGACACCCUGCCACCCACAGAAAGUUUAGUUUUUUUGUCAGAGACAAAGGAGGCGGAUUGUGAGUAAAGGCAAAGAGACUCAGAACCAAGACCAGCUCUCAAGUCCUAUCUUUAUCUCCAGCACUAGAUAAUCAUUAUUAAAUAUCCCUGGAGUAUAUAUUAAUUAUUAUUAUUAUCAAUAUGUCUGGGAUCAUUCCUUCUAUCACAUGGAUCUGAGAUAGAAUAGAGUCCUUCAAUAGAAGGACUCUAUUGAAAUGAUACUAAUGAUAUUAGUAUCAUUUAUGUAAAGGAAUUAUGAUGAAAAUCUUUCCUUUUUUCUGAUAGGAAAGACGUGUACCUUUUCACAUUUAUUCUUAUUGCAAAAUGUAUAAAUGUAACUUUUAAUCUUGUGUGUAUGUAUGUUUCUCUUUUUUAUAAAGUGCUAAAUAUUUACACUCCCCACAAAGUUAGAAAUAUUUGGAUUUUAGGAGAAAUUUAUGGAAAACAAAAAGUUCAUGUUACAAUGCUACACUACACACUACAGCCUGAAGCGACCCAGAUCAAAUUUUUUUUUUUUUGCCUUUAUGCAACCUGUAUCUAAUCUUUUCAUGACCAUCUGAAUAACAGAUCAGAUUUUUUCAAAUGCAACUCGGACCAUUUGAAUAUGUGGUCAUCAACAUUUCCCAGCAGAAUGUUGAUCAAAUGCUCCCUCUGAAUCCUUCUAUUGACGAUGUUCUUCAUCAGAGCCAAAACGUUUCACAAUUACGCGGCUCGAGUAAUUGUGAAAUUAGGCAAGCAAGUUGAUCAAAUUAAAAAUAAUCGAACCUGUUUGGAGUUAAUCUGCUGAUCCGACUCGGUUUUCUUUUUCAGUGAGAAUUACCUUGCAGAUAAUUGCAAAUGUAGUAGUAUUUUACAUUCGAGUGAGGUUUUCACAUCCUUCACAUCCUUUCACAUCCUUUUAUUUAAAUUUUAUUUUGUGUGUUUUAUAUUAUUGUCUGAGGACAAAUGUGGUUCAGUUUCAUCGUUUAUGUUCAAAUAAACAAGAUUAAAAUUAUGAAAAACAUCAGGUUCAGUGCUUCUUGGUCUAAAUAACCCAAAUAAGUAACUGGAUGAAGUCAGGUUUCAGUGUACUUAGGUGCCUUCCAGUUUCUUAUUGUCCAUAAAAAAAGUUUGCAUUGCUGCCAC